CAUUUUUGUUCAGUGCAGAGCUGUUCACGAACGUUCAGGUAAAGAAAUGAAGUGUAUGCUCUAUUAGAUUAUGUAUUUGGACUGAAGAACAAAAAAUAACGCUGUACAAACUGGGAUCAAACGAACGAGAUGGACGCUAAAGCUGUGGAGAAAUACCAGAGGUAUGUGAAAGAAGGCAAGGAUGAAGCCAGGAAUGGAAACCUUAGUAGGUCACUCGAAUUUUUUAAUUCUGCCUACAAAAUUCAUCCCAGUGAAAAACUAAAAAGCAGAAUCCAGAAACUGGAAGAAGCCAUUGCGGAAUUGGCACGUGAAGGAGCAGGAAGUGAAGAAGAUGACGAUGAUGAGUUUGUUGACGUCAAUGGCAGUGGUUUAAUGCUCUUCAGAGAAUUGCAUGACAAGCUUUACGAACACCAAAAAGAAGGCAUAGCUUUUCUUUAUAGCUUGUACAGAGAUGGAAGAAAAGGUGGAAUUUUGGCAGAUGACAUGGGAUUGGGGAAAACCAUCCAAAUUAUUGCAUUUCUGUCUGGAAUGUUUGACGCAGAGUUAGUCAAGUGUGCAUUGAUUGUCAUGCCAACAACACUAAUUGCAAACUGGACAAAGGAAUUUGCCAAGUGGACCCCUGGAAUGAGAAUUAAAGAGUUUCAUGGCACUAGCAAAGCUGAGCGGGUGAAGAACUUGGAGAAAGUCCAAAGAAGAGGUGGUGUGAUCAUAACAACUUACCAAAUGCUGAUCAACAAUUGGCAACUUCUGUCUAGCUUUAAUGAUAGGGAGUUCACAUGGGACUAUAUCAUUCUUGACGAAGCUCACAAAAUUAAAACUUCAUCAACCAAAACAGCAAAAAGCGCACACGCUAUACCUUCAAGGAACCGCAUCCUUCUCACUGGUACUCCAGUGCAAAAUAAUCUGCGGGAGAUGUGGGCGCUCUUUGAUUUUGCAUGUCAGGGAACACUCCUUGGAACAGCAAAGACUUUUAAAAUGGAGUAUGAAAGCCCCAUUACUCGAGCCAGAGAAAAAGAUGCCACAACAGGAGAAAAAGCCCUGGGUCUAAAGAUUUCUGAAAAUCUGAUGACAAUUAUAGAUCCAUACUUUCUAAGAAGGACAAAGCAAGACGUUCAGAAAACAAAGCUCCUAAAAGAAGCUAAAGUUAAUGAAUUGGAUUCAGAAGACAAAGAGAACAAAAAUCCCAGUACUGGAGUUGAGAUGCCUUCUCUGACUAGAAAGAAUGACUUAAUUAUUUGGACUUACCUUAGUCCAGUACAGGAAGACAUCUACAACAAGUUCAUUUCUUUAGACCAAAUAAAAGAGAUACUGAUGACUAACCGUUCUCCAUUGGCAGAACUAACAGUGUUAAAGAAACUCUGUGACCACCCAAGACUUCUGUCUGCCAGGGCCUGUGGCCAGUUAGGCCUAGAAGAUGGAGAUCAUCAUAGUGGAGAUGGUUUUGAUGAGAAUGAUACUGCUGCAGGCAAAAUUGAUCACCUGUCAGAUGAUACUUUGAUUAAUGAAUCAGGCAAGUUGACAUUCCUUGUGGGCCUGUUGGGAAGACUUCGAGAUGAAGGCAAUCGUACUCUUGUCUUCUCUCAGUCGAGAAAAAUGCUUGACAUUCUCAGUCGCAUUUUAGUUAACAGGGGUUUCAAGCUGCUACGCAUCGAUGGAACGAUAACCGAUUUGUCGGAACGUCAGAGACGUAUAACACUUUUUCAGAACAGCAAAGAAUACUCUGUCUUUCUUCUUACAACUCAAGUUGGCGGAGUUGGAAUUACUCUCACAUCUGCAAAUAGGGUUGUGAUUUUUGAUCCAAGUUGGAAUCCUGCAACAGAUGCACAAGCUGUGGACAGAGCCUACAGAAUUGGGCAAACAAAAAAUGUUGUGAUCUACAGACUGAUCACCUGUGGGACUGUGGAAGAAAAAAUAUACAGACGUCAAGUCUUCAAGGAUUCCUUGAUUAGACAGACAACUGGCGAUAAAAAAAACCCAUUCAGGUACUUCAGCAAACAAGAGUUGAAAGAACUUUUCAAACUGGAAGACACACGGUCAUCCUCCACACAGAUCCAGCUUCAAUCACUACAUGCAACGCAGAGACGUACAGAUCCUGAGCUGGAUGAACAUAUUGCUUACCUGUAUUCUUUGGAAAUGUUUGGCCUCUCGGAUCAUGAUCUCAUGUUUUCAUCUGAAGCAGCUAGUCAUGAAGAUCACCCAGAGGACACAGAGGCUCAACACUAUAUUGAGCAUAGAGUGUUGAAAGCUCAAGAGCUGAUGAAAGUAGAAUCUGAGCUACACCAGCAGCUGAUGGAGAAUAUUAAAUCUGGUACUGAGCCAGCAUGGCUUCACAACCCAGAGCCUCCGAAGAGAUCACUUGAAACAAAAAGAGUUAAAACAGAAAUUAACGUUCCCACACCUAAGUGGACUGAAGAUUCUGCUGUUUCGCCUCCUGCAGUUGUAGACCUGACGCAAGAAAGCAAUGAACAAAAUGAGGAUGUACACAAUAUAAGCAACAAAAUUAACAAUCUUGCUCUAGAUGAUAGUUGUGAAGAAUCUGAGAAGAAUUCUAGCAAUGAGUCUUGUUUGACUGUGGGAAACAAGAGAGAGAGUGAUGCAUCAGAGCAUUCUGAAAAUGAAGUUCUUGAAGACCGAUUUCAUUCAGAGGAUUCCUCAAAAUCAAAUGCAAAAGUAUCUUCUCUUGCCUGUGGAGCAGAUAGAAAUUACAGUUCUGAAUGUGAAUAUGUUGCCGAGGAAGUGGAUAUUUUGCCAGGCCCUCAAAAUAAAUCUGUAAAAGAUGUCGGUUUUCAGAAUUUUGAGAUCUCCCCUGCACUUGCUAUGAUGGAGGGCGGAGAUAUCCAAAUAAUGUCACCUUGUCCAAAUAAAUCAAACUUGCAACGCCCUGAAGCUGGUCUCCCUGAAUCCUACUUGGGUGAAGAUGGUGAUUUUGAAGAAGAUAUUGUCUCACAAUCCAAGUCUUUGUCUGUGUCACAUCCCCUUUGUGACUUUAAUCUUCAAUUGCAAGAUAGUGCAGAAGAAAUGUUUCAAAAUAACAGUAAUUCUGUGCAUACUGAACUUGAUUCAGACCAUCAGCUCUGUAGUUCAAGUUCUCUUAAAGAGCUGCCUCCAAAUGAUGAUCCAGAAAUAAUAAGCAAUGCUGAUAAUUCUCCACAGAGAGGGUUCUUAUUUAUUUCUCAGAGUGAAGAUGAGAGUAUGGCUGAAGGGUCUUUCAUUCAUACUGCUAGAAAGAAAAAUAAAGCAAGAGUAAUUUCUGAUAGUGAAGAUGAGGAUGAUGAAAGCAACAACUCUUCAGCAGGGAAGCACAACCAUGCUGAAGGUUUCUCUUCUAUUGGUAGCCCUUUGCAUCAGUCCUUUUUGGGUGUUCAUGCUUCGACUCCCAAGCAGAACAACUCUGUGUUGCACUCCUCAGCUUCCCUGACCCCUCACACAAAGAGCGUAGGUGGUAAUACAUCUGUUGCAUCGCGAAAAUCUUUUGUGAGUGCUGUUGUGGAAGACAUUGAAGAUAUGGAGGAGUCCGAUGAUAAUGAGUCAGAGGAAGACAGUAGCAUGGCAGAGGAGGUAGAAGUAAAUGGUGACGAGUCUGUGCUUUCAGAAGGGGAACCAACAGGAGAAACUUUAAACACGGAGGAAGGAACAGAAGAGGAGCCUACAGGAGAAUCUUUGAACACAGAGGAGGAAGAGAUGGAUGGAGAGGAGAAAGAAACAGAAGAGGAACCUACAGGAGAAUCUUUGAACACGGAGGAAGGACAGGAGGAGGAGUAUGAUGACACAAAUGGUUUUGAGAUGGAAGAGGGUGAGGAAAGUACCCAGGAUGAAUCCACUGGUGAUAUUGAGCUAAGAUCAGGUGAAAAUAUGGACUGUUGCACAAUUGAGAAGACCCCGCCUAGAAAUCGUGACACAACCAAUAUGUCUUCAUCGGCAGAAGACAAAUAUGAAUACUUGGUGAAAUGUGGGAAAGCUCUGUAUGGAGAAGGAAACUUUAAAGAAGCUUUGGAUGUUUUCUUGCAGGCCCUUGACCUUAAAAGUGGAGAUCCUGAAAUUCAGUUAAUGACAAUAAGACUGUAUCGUCAACUUAGUAAAAGCUAAGGGGAAAGAAAGUUAUUCAUUUUUGGUUAAAAAAGCAAGCAGUUUUACAUUAUAAAGGUCUAGUUUAUUGUUUUGUAGAACCUCGAUUUGUUUCAUUUAGCAG